AGAUUUUGACAUAGAAGGCCAUCGGAAGAUUUACAGCGAUUUGUCGUCGAGCGGAGAAAUCAGUCUCGCGAAGAGGAACAAUAAUCUUCCCUUAACGGGAAGUUACCGCCCACGAGCCAACAGCAGCCACCUUUCCUAUCCGCUUUUUGCAUUCUGCCAGCCUCAUCUCUGACGCCGCACGAGCAGAACCAGCACGAUGGCACAGAUUUCCACCACCGAAAAGCCGCAGAUGCAGCAGAUCGACCUCAACACGCUCAAUCUGCAGCAAUUGACUCAGCUGAAAAAUCAACUAGAUCAGGAACUGUCCAUCUUUCAAGAAUCCCUGAACACCAUCAAGAUGGCUCGGUCCAAAUACUCCGCCUCGAAGGAGGCAUUGGAACAGUUUAAAGGGGACUGGAACGAAAAGCAGAUUCUAGUACCAUUGACGGGGAGCAUGUAUGUCCCCGGGACGAUAAAGGAUGCGAACAAUGUUAUCAUCGAAAUCGGCACCGGUUACUAUGUUGAGAAUGAUCUCGAUAGCGCGAAGGAGUUUUUCAAGCGACGCAUCGAGUACGUGCAGGAGCAGCUGGAGAAGAUUGAAAUGAUGGGCAUCGAAAAGUCGAAAAUUCGUGACACCAUUCGCGAGGUGAUGGAGAAGAAGCUGACUCAGUUCAGUAAAGAGCUGCAAGCGAAGAAACGCGAUGCCGAAUAGUCUGUGUGCGCGCGCGAGUGUGUGUGAGUGUAAUUCUCAAGAGCUGCCGUUUGUUAACUUAUAACAUUAUGUGGAGAGUUCCGUUUCCUUUUCUGCAUACCUCAAAGGAUUUCGAAAAUCAAAAAAAAUCAUAACGCAAUUCACCAGCUGAUCAUGUAAGCAAAACCAAAAACCCGAUUGGUUUAUUUUGCUGGAAUUUCUUGGUUCACAUUUCCUUCGCGUCCGGGUAGCGUUUCAUACAACCAUCUUUACACCGCGCCUUAGUUAAGCGUUGGGGAGUUUUGCGCCUGCAUUUACGCAAUAAUAAAUUAACCAAACGAAAACGAUAA